AUGUCUCCCCAACAAGACAACAUUCAACAGUUGUCGGCGAAUACCGGUGUGUUUCACUCCGAGCGCCUCCUCGAUUUCUCUGAAGAAAGUAUCAAUAUUGGCGUUCAAAAAUCACAGAAACAACUUGCAUGCGCAAAAUGUCAUACUCAAAAGCUACGAUGUGUUCGAAAGCCACCUGGUGAACAUGCCUGUGAUCGUUGCCUGGCUACCAACGUCGAGUGCGUUUCCAGACAGCUACAGCGCACGGGCAGACCAGCAGACUACAGUCGUCGCAAUAACCAUAAUGCCAGCGCCAGCAUAAAUGGUGCUCGGUACAAAAACAAAUCCCGAUAUGGCGGUAAAAGCCGUAGAAUUGGUAGCACGACAAGUUCCGGGAGUGGAUUGAGGCAUUUGUCCACGGCAGAUAGUGAUUGCGGGGUUAUAGCGUGGUCUCCGUCGGCUGACGGUGACUCCACAUCUAGCUGUAGGGGUGCCGGCGCUGGUAUUGAAUUUGCUGACCUAUCUCCGAAUAAGAUUGACGUUGCCAUGUGCCAGCCUGUGGACGUAUCUGUGGAGAAAAACGAAAACGUGGGUAACAGUAGCAGCACUAUUGUGGCACAAAUCACUCCAACCUCAUACACGGGUUCGGAUCUUGAUAUUUGGUCGUCGUGGGCAGUUCCAAAUCAACUAAAUUCUUAUUCGGAUUCUCCCUUUGCUGGACUAGAAAAUUCGAACUCUUUGUUCCCACAGUAUAACGAUUUGCCGGAAAGCUUAUUUGCUCAUGGUGUUGAUGCGAAUACCAUCGGAGCAAGCACAGAGCCAGAUAGCAUCACAGAUUUACAGCCACAACUUGACGAUACGCCCUUUGAUCCAGUCGAGCAACUCACCAAGCUACACCUCGAAUUAUAUCGCUGUCUCAUCUCUGUCAAAGCCGUGGAAACAGCCAAGAAAGAUAAAAUGCUCAAUCCAUCCAAACAAGAUGGCAGCAAUCGACACCAGUUGGUUACAACAGCAAUUUUGGGCAAUAACCUACCUCCAAGCAAUGCUAAAACCGUAUCAGCUGGCUUUAUCAGCAGCUCGGACACCCAGGAGUUAACGACCACCGACGAAGCCGACACAGCCACAGGUCUCAUGAUCGUAAGCUGCUACAUGCGUCUCCUUCAAAUUUUCGACGUCGUGAUCUUCAUCAUUGAAACCCACCGCGAUUUCCAAUGUCUAGGAAGUUAUGUCGAGAUACGCUUUGGGUCUUUCGCAGCUAAAACCGAUCGCAUGCUCUCGGCCCGCUUGCUCGGUCAAUAUGUACUGCAUCUUCUGUGUAGAAUUUCUGAGGCUGUUGGCAAAGCUAUCGCCUCGCGCCAGCCGUAUGCUCUUGCGAUUUUCGAUGCGCGGAGAGUGGAGGCUAAGUUAAAAGAGCGCAUUGCGAUUACAUUCCACGAUUCUUGAGGGAAAAGGUUUUGUAUCGACAAGCAUCUCGUUUUUGGAUCGAAGAACUUUCGUCGAGGUAGAUUCGAGGACUUGAGAGAGGUUGAACUAAUCGUCAGAUGAUGUAUUUUUGCGCAAAGGGUAUUUUACGGGAUGCUGCAAGGCCAGCAAAGACCUUAUGAGUUUGGGUCCAGUAGUGAAGCGAAGAGAAUUAUCUAUAGGAGACCAUUACAUGCUCUGGGAGAUAUGAUCAGGUGACUCGAUCAUGUCAUAUCUGACAAGUCGAUGCCGACUCAACAGUUUACAGAGCAGGAACGUUUGUUUGAGAAAUGGAAUCUCUUUGCCGUUUGCGUAGAAAAUGAAAGUUGUCGGGGCUACUCGAUUCCUCAAUCCAAUCUAGCGGUGCAAUCAGUAUGCAGAGCUCCUGCUCGACAUCGUCAUUAUCCCGAGAGUUGUCCCAGUCUUGGUAGAUGCAGAAAGGUCUCUAGACGAUUGCACGUGAGCAUAGAGACAACUUCUCACACCAAGGAACCAUUGAGGUUUCGGGCAGGGAUUAUUGGAAAGUUGCACACGAAGGGCUGAAAAUAUUGGGAAGAGCAUAACAUUUUGUUCAGAAUUUAUUUGUUUAUUUCUAAUAUGUUCAUUUCUUUUUGGGUAUUCUCAAGCCCUCAGAUCCCGAUGGCUAAUGCCGGAAAGAUAAACUUCAAUCUGCGUCUCUCAAUUGUCAUUUCCCUUGCGUUUUUUCUUGAUGAGAAGAAUUCAUAAUGAACUUCACUUCCGUGCCAUCACAAACAGAAUAUACUUUAUUUGUCGUUCCAGCAAGUGGGGGCUGUUCUUCGUCAUUUGUUGAAACAAUAACCAUGGUAAUUAAUGAUCAAGCAAGGAGGACUUCAAAGUCUAAACGCCAUUUUGCCCCCAAGCUCCUUGUGAAAGCCAUUAAGCUUACAAUAUUUUUUAUCGACGCAAUUCAAAUGACAAAUCGGGUUUGGGUUCAGACAUCGCAUAGAUAAGUCGGUAGUGUAUUUUACUAUUCUAUUUGUUUCGGUAAAUCAGAUUGAGUUGCGAGGAGGAUUAACAAUUUGGACACUUCCAUUUUGGUAAAGUAUCCGAGUCCGAACGCGGGCUGCAGCGUCCUUUCUUUCCUGAGCCUUUCAGAUGGGUUAUCUCCUCUCAAUCUAUUCUUGCGUGUAACUUCUUCUU